UCCAAGUUCACCCACAUUCCGACAUCCUUCCAUCUUUCUCUCUUCAUUCUCAACCUUUUUCUCUCAAUCUUCACGCUUCACUUACGGAUUCACGCAUCCUGUAAAUUAUUCUCACCAUUCAGACCCCUCGGUUGUCGUCUUCAAGUGGAAAAAAAGGAGUGUUGCUUUUGGUGCUACGUGUUGGCAUUUGAGUUGCUGCAAGCUAGAGAUUAAUCAAUGGUGAGGCUUACAAUAGUUGGAAGAGUGAGUGAUGGAAUGCCCUUAGCACGCGGGGCGAGGUACGUGAAUGAAGGGAGCGAUGAUGUUCUCAGUUACAAUGAAAAAGGAGAGUUCUUACUCCGGGAGAUUUCGCGAGGAGCCUUGCCGUCUUCCAGAAUGACUAUCUUCCUCGAUCAAUAUUAUUUCAAUUACUUGGUUGAUAAUGGAAUUUGCUUCAUGGGUCUCUGUGAUGCAUUGUAUCCAAGACGGCUUGCUUUCCAUUAUUUGCAAGAUUUGCAGAGGGAGUUCAGCAAGUUUGAUGUGAAGCUGACUGAGAGAAUUAUCAAGCCUUAUAGUUUUGUUAAAUUUGAUGGUGUAAUUGGGAAUAUUCGAAGGAAGUAUAUCGAUACAAGGACGCAAGCCAAUAUAGCAAAGAUAAAUUCUGAUAGUUUUAUAGAGGACAAUGUAGCAUCUGAAAGUUUUUCACAAGUUGUGAAACAGAGGGAACAAUUUGGUAUGGAUUUCAUUGAUCUUUGUAAGUUAAGUUUGGUGAUGUCAAAUUUGUUUGAUGAAAAGUUUUUUCUUUUACUUCUUUUAUGGACAGAAAUGUUUGAGAGAAUGAGUAAGGCUCAUUUACAUCCUUCCCCUAUUUGGUGUUCGAAAACGCUGGAAGUUUUCGCCGUGAAGUGGAUGCCUUUAGGACUAAUGGUGGCUGUUAUAUUUGUGCUCGUCACAUGCACUAGCCUGCCCAGAUUUUUUACUGGUUUUCACAAUGUUUAGUGAUGGGAUUGGGUAUUUAUUUAUUUUUUGUUUGGAGUCACGACUCAUUAUAGGGA